CGGCGCGUCCUAAAUGGCGGCUUUUGUUAUUGAGACCACGGCUACGAUGUAGUUUGUCUCAUUUUGUUUUGAGGAUUUCCGCAUCUCUUUGUCGUUGUUCCUCGCUGUACUUCGGGAUAUUUGAUCGGAAAUAUACAGAGUGUCUGCUGCCACCAUGGAGUCUGACUUCCCAUGGACGGACGAGCAGACACUUUGCUUUAUUCAGUCUAGAGCUCGGUUAAAAGUUAAUUAUAAUGAGACUCCAGACUAUGUAUUCCAAUCAGUAAUUGAUGACAUAGGUCUCACUGGGCAAGUGACCCCUGUACAGGCAUCCAAGCAUUGGGAUUAUCUUGUGAAUCGAUAUAAAGAGUUAAGUCAACCAGCUUUAGAACCAGAAGAUGCCGCUCCACCUUCAUGGCCAUUUUACAGUGCGAUGCAUGAUGCAUUGCUCACUAUGCCCCCUUCUGUACUUCCUAUUACUGAUGAGGAGGAAAUGGAGGGAGCUGAGGGGGAAGAAGAAUGUGAGGAUGGAAUGGAGGCCUAUGAAGUUGAGUUACCUGAAUCAUCUGAUGAGUAUGAUGGCGAGGAUGAUAUGGAUGAAGAAGAAAUCAUAGUCGAGGAGGAAAUAUUAUGUGAUGAUGAUGGAGAGAGUGAAAGUGGGGGAGGAACAAUGUCUGAUAAUGGACCAGACAAUGAAAAUAUUGACGUAGAUGACGCCUGGACAGAGGAAAAUAUAAUCAAGUUCAUACAACUACGUGGUGCCAAGGAAGCGGACAUUAUUAGUCGAGGUCCAAAUCCAGUGUUCUUAGAGAUUGUUGAAGAACUAGAGUUGUCUGAAAAGGUAACAAUUGGUAUUGCCCGGAGAAAAUGGACGCAGUUGGUCAGACGUUAUUUGGAGAUAAAGGGUUCAGAGGACAUGAAGGAUGAAGAUGUAAGUUCAUUAAAUAAAACGUGGGUAUAUUUUUCUGAGAUGCACGAGGUAAUGGAGGCUAUUAAAGGCACAAGUCCUGAUGGUGGGACCAAGUCUCGGAAGUCGCCAGAAUAUAUAUGGUCAGUUGAUAUAACCAGGAAGUUCAUUAGAGUUCGUGGUGAGCGACAUGCUGAGAUAUCCCAAAAAGGCCACAAUGCAGUUUAUCAAGACAUCCUAGAACAACUGGGAAUUGAAGAUCGAGUGAGCGUGACCAUGGCUCGAAAGAAAUGGAACUAUUUAGUCAAAAGAUACCAGGACGAAGAAAUGGCUGGUGGAGAAAGAACUUGGGCUUUUAUGAAAGAUAUGGCUCAAGUCAUGAAGCAUUUUAGAGGGGCCAAUGUUAACAAGUUGAAGUCUAGGGCAUCACCUGAAUUUUUGUGGCCAAAUGAACUAACCAGGAAAUUUAUAACUCUUAGAGUCAACCGUCAUAUGGAUUUCCAAGAAUCUGGGAUACAGACGACUUACACGGAAAUUAUGGAAGAACUUGGUCUGGAACAUAUUUUAAAUCCCAACCAACUUCGGAAGAAGUGGAACUAUCUUGUAGCAAAAUAUAAAGAACUGACAUGCACAACUGGACCAGAUGGCAAGAGUCCUGCACCUCAUGCUUGGCCAUUUUAUGAUGACAUGCGUGUUGCCCUUCAACAAAUCCCAGAGAAUUCAGUGCAUGGUGCACAGGCAGCAAGAUCUAACUUUGAACAUAUUUGGACUAAAGAAGUCACAACAAGGUUUAUUCAGUUGAGAGGUGCUAGAGUUCCUGACAAUUUGAAGCAAGUGAAAGCUGUCUUUGCUAACAUCAUUGAAGAAUUGGGCCUGACUGGAAUCAUUACACCUAACCAAGCAAGGAAGAAGUGGAAUUACCUGUGGAGUAAAUACAUAGAUUUAAGUCAUCCUGAUGUUAGUGAGUACACAAGGCAAUCCUGGCCUUACUAUACAACUAUGCAGGCUGUAAUGGGAACUUUAUCUCUAACACAAGUUCUCACCAAAAAGGGCCUUACUGAUGACAUGGAGGAGGAGGAAGACGCUUCGAAACGAGUUGUAAAGCGAAUGCGACAGUACACAUGUUUUGUGUGUGGAAAAACAGGAAAAAUCUUGAAUGACUUUUUCAUGUAUGAACAUGACCAGCGUCUUCUUUACACACAAAAGACUGUCCUUGAAGUAAUAAGUCAUCUGGUUAGCAGGAAAAUUGUAAAUAUGGAAUCAAACACUUGCCUUUGUUCUGGUUGUACAAAUCUUGUGAAUGAAGCAGAUUCUGUCAUUCAGAGGCAUGACAGAAUUAAAGAGACAGUUCAAAGUUUGUAUUAUAGUGCAGUUUCACAGGCAAAAGCUGAUCAGGCAUCACAGCAACAACAAAAUAAGCGCUAUAGUAGAACAUACACUGAAGAAUCUGAGUCUGAAGAAGAAAGAGAAGUAAAGCAUGAAGAGAGAGUCACUUACAGUCAAAGAGGUAGGAAGCGAAAAGCUACAGUACUGGCAGAUGAUACAGAAGUUAAAAUCAAGACUGAGCCUUCAGAAGAUGGCUAUGAAUGUAUUGAAUGUGAAGUAGACUUUGAUGAUGAUUCUGAAGAAGAGCGAAAGAGAAGACGUGGUAGAGGUAGAGGAAGAGGGCGAGGUCGUGGCAGGAGUCGGGGAAGAGGACGUGGAAGAGGUCGUCCAGCUGCACGAUCCACGCUAAUUGGGCGGGGUCUUGGGGGUCAGUAUCCAUCAUCCAAUAAGAGGAAACUUAUUCCCUAUAAAGGUCCAAAGAUUUAUCAUUGUGUUGAAUGUGAUGCAGAAUUCAAGAAGUACACAGAUUUAAUCACGCAUAAAAAAGAAGUCCAUACAGUUAUUGAUAACACACCUUUAGAAGUAGAGGAGACUAUUUUAGAAAAUGGAGUAAUUACAUAUUUCAACAAGGGAAAAGCAAAUAAUUCUGAGACAAGUCACCCAUGCCGAGAUUGUGAUAAGCAGUUUCUUCGUAAAGAUGACCUUUGGUACCAUCAAGAAGUUACUCAUACUGAGGGGAAAGGAAGGGCAAAAACUGCAUUUAAAGAUAGGACAUAUGCCUGUGAGGAGUGUGGUGAAACAUUCUUGUUUAAGUACAAACUUAAGAUGCACAUCAAUAGCAAGCAUUUAAAUGAUGCGGGUCAGACUGCCAAUGACUUUACUUGUGGGGAGUGUGGUUGUAAGUUGGGUAGUCUUCCAGGUCUCACAUUCCACAUGAGAAAGCACCACAACAAAAGUUUGACUUAUCGCAAAACUACUGAAUACCUGUGUAGUGACUGUGGCUUCAUGGCUCCCUCUAAUAAAAAACUUCGAGAACAUCAAGAAGCUCAUUGUGGUUCUUCAACUAAACCCAAGGUGCAGUGUGAGAUUUGUGGUAAAACUGUUUUAAAAGUAUCCUUGAAAAUGCAUAAAGUUAAGAUGCAUUCUGAAUUUAAGGAGCAGUGCGAUCGGUGUGGAGAGCGCUAUGCCACCAAAACAGAUUUGUUGAGACAUAUUAAUGUAGUCCACUUACGAAUUCUUCUUUACAAUUGUCAAUAUUGUGGUGAGCGUUUUCCUACUUCAGAUGCUCUUAGGUAUCAUAGAGUUAAGAUGCAUGAAAAGCCAACUUUCUACUGUCAGAUUUGUGGUAAGUGUUAUAAAAGGGUUGGAGAACUUAAUACUCAUAUUAAACGGGCACAUAAUGAUCGUAGGAAAGCAGAGGUCUGCUCAUACUGUAGCAAGGAGUACUAUGAUCGUAGCAAGCUGCGCAAUCAUUUGGUCAGUAAGCAUAAUGUUCCACAGGAAAUGACAUAUUCAGAGAAUUAUUUGCGAAAGAAGCGGGUUGAUGGGUUACCUUUGGCUAAACACAUGGAAAAACGAACUGGGAUGGAACAAAAAAUGGGUCACAUGGGUCAGGCUGGCGUGGUACAUCAACAACAGAUGCCACAACAGCAACCACAACACCCACAAGCUCAGCAGCAGCAACAACAACAGCAACAACAACAGCAACAGCAGCAGCAGCAACAUCAUGGUCAUCAUCAUGGUGUUGUGCAACACCAGCAACAUCCACACAUGAGGCCAGUUGUUGAUGAGGCUGCUGAGGCUGCACGUAAUCUUGGGGCAUACCAAGAGAUAACAACCACUGAGGAUGACAAUUCUCUGGUAGUUACAGAAAUAACUGAGGCUCCAUCUCAGGUUGAGCAAACAGUGCUAGUUGAUCCCCUGGCUGUGCCACCACAAGGCAUGAUGCAUCAUCCACAGGUUGCUCAUAUGCAACCUCCCAUGGCCAUGCAUCAUCCAAGCUACCAGCAGAUGCAGCACCAUGCAAUGUCUCGGCUUGGGGUCCUCUACCAGAUGAAUAUGCAUCAUCCAGGCCCAUCACAUUUGAAUAUGUAGUAUUAAUUAUAGUAAAAAGUUAGGGUUGUAAUAAUGCUAUCAUGUUGAUAAUUAUUAUAUAAGAAUUUGGUACAGUAUUUUAAUGGAAGAUAGAUGCUGUUGGAGUUUUGCAAAGGACACAACUAUGGAGGUGAAACACUGGAAUAACCUUAAAAGCAAUAAAUUGAAAGUUGUCCUUGUAGGAAGAGGGGUUAAUUAUGCGGUACCAAAUUUUUAAAAUCAAUUUUUGCAGUUAUAUACUUCAAAUGAAUAUUUUUUCAUCUCUCAGAGCUCCGUUAGAAAUAUAAAUGUUUCAAAGAAAGCAUUCCACAAAUUUCUUUUUGAUCUCAAGUAUUGUAAGUACAAUUAGAAAUAACUUUCAGUCGUCUGUUGCCAUAACAUUAGUCAAUUUUGCGAGGUCUCAGAGGUUUGUUUACAUCAUAGUUUUUAGCUGAGGUUCACAGUCAGAAGCCAAAUAAUGAUGGUUCACUUAUAACAGUGAGCAAGACUUGUAGUGGGACCAUAAAUACAAGAAACAUUGAGAACAGACUGCAACCAUAGUAAAUAUUUAUUGAAACACUAUGAAAGAUAGUAUAACAAACACAUGGGGUAUCUGGAAUACAUGACCUUGCAAGAUGGCUAACAAACAAAAGGAUGAUUUAAGUCUCUUAUGGUAGUUUCUCAGACAGUCCUGCACAGGUGACACACACACUCUAAGUCAGCUGUUUAUUUUUUUUUUAUAUAGUAUGGCAUGUUGCUGUUGAAGAUGUUGGUAUCCAGAUGCAUUUUUUGGGCCAAUGCUAAGUGGAGAUUCACUGACUUUGUGCCAAAUUAUAAUUGUUGUAAAGUUACAGAAAGGUUUUCUUAAUAUUGUCCUUACCUGUAACAUUAAGGUAAAUCUUGUGAACAGUAAUUAAAUAUUUUUACUAGUCAUAGUUUUCUGAUAAAAAUAUGUACUGAUGUUAUUUAAGCAGCAAGUAAGCUAUUAUCUCUCCAAUUUGAAAAGUAUAAGACAGAUAGAAAAAAGUUAAGAGUAGGUUGCUGUAAGGUGGCCCUCUCUAAUGUCAGUUUUAAGAAAUUCCAAUGCAUAAAUUGGUAGGCCACCUAUCUUCAUCCAGUGUUUUUCCCGAAAAUUCUAGUGUAAGAAACCAAUUUACACUUCUCAGUUUUCGGUGAUAACUCAUGUAGUAAUCAAUACCUUCUGUAUGUUAAUGAUACAGUUUAUGAACAGAAAAAUUGAAAGAAGCUUACCAUACUUGCUGACCAAGUGAAAGUGUAGCCUACUGCGUUUUAUAGUAUUCUUUGCUACCAUGACUCAAAUGUUACAAACCUCUGCUUUUCUUUGGCAGUAAGAACUGUUUUAUGAACUGGUGUAAAGUGCUUCACGAGGCAGUUAAGAGUAAUGUUGCAUAGCAUUUGCUCUGAAGGUUACUAAAUGUUCUACCUCUGCUACAGCUACAGGCAAAAAAGGAUUUAUGUAUAUUUUGAUCAUAAAAGUAUUUAAGUUAGACUAUAUAGAAUGGACUUUUAUCUCAGGGUAUAUGUAUUGAAGAUGAAGAGUAUAUGUGAUUUCAUAGCCUCAAACAUCAUUAUGAUGUGAUUUUCAUGAUUCAAAAUAGGGUUCCUUAUGAUUUCGUCCCCAAUUGUAUGUUGUUGAUGUCAGGUUUUAAGAAUGUAUACAUAAUGCAUAUUUAAACUGACAUGCAAGAAAUACAAGUGUUUAUGCAAAAGAAACAUUCUAAAGCCUAAUACAACUCAUUGUAAAUUUUGCCAUAUAGUACAGUAUAGUUUCGUGAGGUCAUGUAGAGAUUUUUUCUUUACCUUUAGGAACUGGCAAUAGAGGUUUCUGUUAUUUUGAAUAUGAUGCAAAUUGUCACAAGAAAUACAUUUGAAAGUCUAUUUAUGGGCACUUUUUAAUAUUUAAAGAGUUGUUGCCUUGCCUUUAAUUGCUGUAUUUUUUGUUGGUAGAGCAUGAGUUAUAUUGGUCAUUUUCUUCCCGUGAUUAAGUUAUAUUAUUGAUCUUUUCAUUUGUAGAACCUAAGGCCCUCUUUGCUAAAUUUACUUUGUUGCACCUUUCCCAAAUUUUAUUGCUUUUUUUAAUUGACAUCAGAUUUUGAAGGUCUGUUUUAAUUUGAAUGUUAAGGACUAAUACUGUAUAUAUAGAUUGUCCUCUUCUCUAAAUUUAAUUUGUAUUAAUUCAUCUCCUUUUCUUGUAUUUAUUUUGCUAGAAAGGUAUAGUAAACUUUUGCAACCCACCAUCUCAGUGGUACGUAGAUAGAAGCCUUGUAUGAGGAAUUCCUUAUCAAAACCAGAAUAGGCACCAGAAUUGAAUUUGGCCAUAAAUUGCAUUCAGUUUGACAGUUUUCCAAGUCAUAUUUUUGUUAAUAACUACGUAAAGUUAAAAGCAGUGAAGGUGAGUCUUAUCAAAGGUUUUGACAGCUGCUAUUCCUCCAUUUAAUUCUUUCAUUCCUCAAGUUAAGUUUAUGUUGAUCUAUCUAUAGGUUCAUUAUAUCUUUUCGUAGUAAUUUGGUUCAUAUGUGGUAUUUGUUCAGUGUCUUACACUGGAUGUAAAAUGAUAGAAUCCAUAAAAGGUGCUGAUUUUACCUAUUGAUAAACAAGUAACUUGUAAUAAUACCAAUAAAGAGGAAAUCCUUAUAUAGAUAUAUCAAAGAUCCAGGUGACUCCUGAUACCUGUAUGGCAUUCUUCAAAGUAUGACAUAAGAACCCGAGAGUCAUACUAACUUCUUAUGGUUGUGUUUGUUUUUGAAGAAAGUAAUCUCUUACUUUUUAUGUUGUUCUUUAUCUUUUUGUAUUUUCUUUUCCUUUUCUGGUGAUUUUUUUAAGGGUUGCUUUCUCUUGCCCCCUUUACCCAUUAUCAACAACCGUUUGCUGACUAUUCUAUCCAUACAUUUGCUGAUGGUUUAACAACCUGUAAAUAGUAUAUUCCUUUUAUCACUUGUCAUUCUUUCUCAUUCUCAUAUUGAAGGUUCUUGCUCAGUAAGUUUUGAUCAUGAAUUCUCAUCUAAAUGGGGAUUCCAAUGCUAAGUAAAGUUCAGUACCUCAGUAUUUAUAUUUAUUUCUCUGCCUAUUAUUCCAUCUAGUUUUUCAUUCCGUCUAAUGAAAAUGUAAUUAAAUUUUCCACUAUUAACAUGACUUUUGGCGUUCAGGGUACUUCAGACUUUUCAAAGAUCAUAUUGUUGGGUCAUUGUUAAAUCCUAAAAUUGUUUGUUUGUUUUGGUGCCUUUUUCAUUAUGUUACUUUUGCAUUUAUGUUAUUUAACCAGUGACCUUGUCCUUAAUUUUACUACAGAUUAUCUGUACUAUAUCUGUCCCUUUUCUGUAUAGUAGUUACCAUUAUGGCCACUUUCCAAUUAAAUUUAGUGGUCAGUCCCCAUCAUUCUCAGGUGGCCUUGUGGCACUUGCCAAGAUACCAUUUCCUAUAAAUCAUUCUACAGAAACAAAUACAUCCUCAGAUUGCUCUGUUUAGUGGCUGUUCAUUCCCUCUGCUACCAGGUUUUGGAAGUUUCCUAACUUCCAAUUUACAAAAGUAGGCUUAUCACUGCUUUUAUGUUAAACCUGCUUCUUAUUCCAUAAGCUUGGGGAUAGAUAAAUGCAUUUAUGCACACAUUCCAAGUCUUUGUACUCAUUAACAAAAAUUUCUUGGAGAUCUUACAGCAUAUUUUGUUUUGUAAAUUACAGCCAGACUACAAAGAUUUUCUUGGUUACCUCAAUAAUAUUAUUUUUUUUUUUAUCUGUCAUCCUAUUUGACUGGGUGGUAUUUGUAGUGUGGUGUUCUUGGUUGCGGCCUGCCUCCUUAGGAGUCCAUCACUUUUCUCACUGUGUGCUGUUUCUACAGCACACUCUUCUGCAUGAGUCCUGGAGCUACUUUUGCAUCUAUUUUUUUCCAGGUUCCUUUGAUCUUGGAAUCGUGCCUAGUUCCUAUGAUUAUGGAUAUAAUUUCCACUGGCAUAUCCCAUAUUCUUGUUUCUGCUUUCAGGUCUUGAUAAUUAGUUUUUUUUUUCUUUGUCUUGAUAAUUAGUUUUUUCUUUCCUUCUCAUCUACUCUGUUGUCCUAUGAUACUGCAACAUCAAUGUGCUUAUUGCUUUCAUCAUGUUUCCGGCAUUGAGUUUUGACUUUAGUAUCACUUUAAUUCUGCAUGUAUUCUUUCCUGAUUGUAUCCUUCAUCUCUUGGCAUUUUAUAUCCUCUCCUAUUAUUCCCAGGUACUAUUUGUAUCCUGUCUCAUCUAUGUGUUUGAUGCUAUUCCCAUUGGGUUGAUCCCUUCAGUCCUUGUCACUUUGGCUUUUUGUAUGCUGACCAAGGUGCAUUUUUCUAUUCCAAACUCCAUCCUGAUGUCCCCAGAUACACUCCUUACAGUCUGGAUUAGGGUAUAUUUCCAUGAUGCUCUUACUAUACAUCUUGAUGUUGUCCAUGAACAUCAGAUGGUUAAUUCUGUUGCCUCCUUUCUUGAGUUGGUACCCAGCAUCCAUCUUCUUCUGUACUUUUUUCAUGGGAACUAUUAGCAUCUAUUUAUACCUAGAAAUGCGUGCUACAGGAGCAUUUCACCGGCCGGCACAGGUCGAACCCAGAAAUUAUGUUUUUGUGUAACUAACCUUUUGAUCUCUUGAGAUGUAUGAAUGUACUUCGAAUGGUCAUUUGAAUCUUAUUGCCAUUAGUACUGUACAUGGGUAAUUUUAUUUCUGCUUUUUAUUCAUACAUGUAGCUCACUGCCCUUAAUAUGUGCAUUUCAGUAAUCUGCAGUGUUCAAAAGUGCAUUUUCCUCCAUCAAAAAAGUGCAUAGUAUUUGAGUGCUAGUUAGGAUGUCCCCGGUUGUACUUAUACUGUAGUGUGGAAAAAGUGAGGAAGUAAGAAACAUUAUUACCAUUACCUCUUUAACCUUGACCGUCAGGCAUUAUUUAUGUAUUAUCCAAUCAUGCUCGAAUACUGGAAAUUUCUCUUGCACUUGGUGUCAAUCAGUUCUCCAGGUUAUGCUUGGGAAUAAGGCGACCUUAUUAACUUUGUAGUUUUCAUUCAUUAGUCAUUAGAAUGUUUCAUGAAUUCCCUCUGAAUCAAUAUUUUCCAUCUAGUGGAAAAUAGGCAUUGUAGUUUUUAUUACUUAUUACACUACAAGCCUCCGCUGAUAUUUAUUCAUGGGAGUUGAUAUGAGCAUAUAACUCAUCUUACUAUGUAUAUUUUAUACUAUUCAGGUAAAGAUUUUGUAAAAAUAUAAUUUAAUGCAUAUAGCUUAGGCAUAUAUAUAUAUAGUCCCUUGUAUGGGUAGUCAACUGGCAGAAACCCAAGUGAUAUAUGAACUUUAUGUUUUAUAUUAUAAUAUGUUGGAGUUCAAAGAUCUUAUAGAAAUAUAUGAAUUAUUUUUGUAGUGCCUAAUGUUAUUAUAGCUAAAGUUACUUAUUUCAGUUGUGACUGUGGUGUCAUGCAUUUGGAUUGGUAGAAACUUUACAAAACUAUUAUGAGCAGUUUCACAAAAUGUAUCAAAAUGUUUAAAUGAACUUGGGUUUGGUGCAUCAGAUUGACCUAUUGACCUAUUAGUAACUGACUACAUUUCUUGGGCGAUGCUUGCUAGUGUGAUACAAAGCCCUUCAUUUCUAGAUAAAUUAUUUUUUAUUCUCAUGCACUGUAUAAGUUGGUUGUAUGUAUCUUUGAAAAUCAUUCAGCUGAAAUAAUAAACUAUAUCGAAUCAAUACACAGUGUUGUGUAGUCUGUAAAUUUUUAAUAAAUUAAGAUUAAUUUUU